UUCCCUCCUGGGCUCCUGCUUUGGCGAGAGAAAAGAGGCACUCUUGGCGCUCCUGGCUUUCCAAGGGUUAAAGUGAACUGAGCCAGAUUCCUAGAGAGGACAGGAAAUGGGGGGCGGGGUCCUCCGAAGUCUCCCACCCUGUCGGGGCUGAGGGAGGAAGGAGGGAGCGCCUUUUGUCUCCGCCAAGGGCUGCAUCGGCGGCACUUCUGGGAUCUGAGGUCUUGGAGGCUUCCUGGGAGCAAGAUGGACGAGCAAUAUUCCGCUGGCUCUGAUGCAGGAAGAGGCUCCCAUGCCAUCAAGACUGGGAGCAGUGGAGGAUUCUGGGAAAGAACCAUGCAGCAGGUCCUGGGAAAGGAGCACACCCUCAGCUCAGAUGUGCCACACCAGCAGUUCAGGCAUUUCUGCUGCCAGGAGGCCAAGGGCCCCCGAGAGGUUUGCAGCCGACUCCACCACCUUUACCGUCAGUGGCUGAAGCCAGAAAGGCACACGAAAGCUCAGAUGCUGGACCUGGUGAUUCUGGAGCAGUUCUUGGCUGUCCUUCCACCGGAGAUGGAGAGCUGGGUGAGGGAAUGUGGAGCGGAGACCACUUCCCAGGCGGUGGCCCUGGCCGAAGGUUUCCUCCUGAGCUGGGCAGAGGACGACAAGCAGGCAGAGCAGCAGGGAAAGGAUCCGUUUGCAGGAAUGGGCACUGAUCUCCCCAAGGCAGAGGAGACUCCAUCAGAUCCCAGAGAGAGGCCACUGGGGUGCGGUGUCCUUUGAGGACGUGGCUGUGUAUUUCACGGAUGAGGAGUGGGCGCGGCUGGAUCCUGACCAGAGGACUCUGCAUAACGAAGUCAUGGCGGAGAACUGUAGGAUCAUGGCC